GUGGAACAGAACACAAACGGAGUCAACUUCUACAACAUCCUCACCCAGGAACCUGAUGAGGAGAUGUCCUCCGUGCCUGGAGGAGGAUACCUCUCCCUGCUGAUGCGGCACCACAUUAGCCCCCUCCACCGCCAAUCACUGAGCCAGUUGAUGAACGGGCCAAUCAGGAAGAAGCUGGAAAUCAUCCCUCAGAACGUCACCUGGGGAGGUCAGGCUGAGGCAGUGUUCAGCAGCAUGUCAGGUGACUUCAUGAAGCCAGUGGUGGACGUGGUGGAUCAGCUGUUGGAUGCUGGGGUCAACGUCACCGUCUACAACGGACAGCUGGACCUCAUAGUGGACACCAUGGGUCAGUGAUUCCCCGAGCUAGAG